UGACUGAAGAACUUGGCCGUAGACAAGGUCAGAUACGCCCAUUUUGUCGUGCUGUUCGGUAUUGCCUCAUCAAGUUUUGGUGGGCCGUCUUCUUCAAGCACUGGAGCAGGAAGGCGGCAGUGAGGCGGGCGAGUGGGUGGGUGGCUGGGAACGUUGGUCCUCAGAGACUGCCGUUUUUCAGCUCCCGCCAUAUCUCUCCCGCCUUAGCUCCCGCAUAGCUCCUGCCAUAGCUCCUGCCAUAGCUCCCGUCAUCGCGCUCUGUGUGAUGUGCUGCCGGCCCCAACUGCUUGGUCCUCUCUCUCUUCUUGUUGCCGCGCAAUUGUACCCCAGAGCUUUUCCAUCCCGCGCGCACUCAAUUAUUACCCCGCGCAUUCGCGGUUUCAUCUUCAAUAAUUGAGCAUUCACAUUAUAAACUCCAUGUAAUGCCGUGGGUCCCUUGUUCGUCCGGCCGUUUGCCUCCGUUCCGUAGCUUCCUGUCUUCGAGCGCUGCUGCUCGCACAUCUUCACUCCUCUCCUCUAAUCUGGUUGCCCAACGCUAUCAGGCAACUCUUCCUUUCCCCUGUGCUGGGGCUAGGUCCCACUUACACGAAUUAAGCGAUAUUGACCGUAGAUAGCCAAGAUCAACGGCCAGAAUCUCUUAAUCCGUGCAAGUGGGACCUUGCCCCUGGUGGGCGCACACUUCGCUUCACCGUCGACCAACCCAACCUGUCGCCGAAGGGAGAAACAUUUGUUUCUAUUCCGCGUCGCACUUCUGUGGUUUGGGUCAUCUGUCUCUUCCUCCUCUCGAGGGUGAUGGUGGUGGUUCAUCUUGUACCUCCCCCCUCACCUUGGGGCCUGGCUCGAGUGUCCUCAACUAGAUAGUAGACAGAUUUUGCCUUGUACAAGGGGUCGCAGAUCGAUGUCCUCAUUUGCAACCUCGCCCACUUGACGCUUGCCAGAGUGGGUGUUUCAUCUUUUACCUUCCCCUACCGUGGCUUACAUUCGUUCGGUGACUUGCACGGUCCCCCUACUCAGAGACAGAUAGUAUAUAUAGAUAUAACCCUCAGAGACAGAGGAUAUAUAUAUAUAUAUAUAUACGUAUAUGUCUUCAGAUAACCCUCAGAGACAGACGAUAUAUAUAUAUAUAUAUACCCUCCUGAUGAGUCGGUGAAACUCCGACGAAACAGUUUGUCACAGCUCCUCGUUUGUUGUCCUCUUCUCUCUCUCUGCCUACGGUUUACCGGGCAGUUCUGUUUGUGACGAUAUAUACGUAUAUAUCUUCAGAGACAGAUAGUAUACUAUCUGUUUCAAUGCUGUCUUUGGCAGCACACGCUUCGUCCUAUGUCCAUGUUGGCAUUUCGCAGGGGGAUCCUCACAGCAGCAGCACUAGUAGCAGCAGCAGCACGCAUCGGCGACACGUGGCCAGCGAUCGAGACGGAGGGGGCAGAUUCGGACGAGUAGGAGCCGGUUGCCCCCUUCUCCAUCAUAUUACCAGUGCGGAGCCGCGCCCUCUGAGAAGUUGCAGUUGGCAGGCUUUCAACGACAACGCGGGGGGGAAUUGCUCGGUUUGUUCAACGUCGAGGGAUGGGUUGCUGGCCCCGACAUCCAGUACGCGCGACACGUGGCGCUGUCUCCGACUUUCCUGGCUUGAUUCUCGAACGUCCCUGCUGCGCGCGGUCCGGAUUGGGACGGAGAGCAGCGGCGGCGGCAGCGGCGGCGGCGGCGCCGCCGCCGCUGUCGUUGGCACUAUGGGACCAUGCAGGGAGGGAGGUGGAAAAGCGGCGAAUCCCUCUACUUUUUCGCAGAGGUCGCUUUUCGGCGGACAAAGUCGGUCGUUUCCGCCGUUGAGUUCUCCCGUCAACAACGUUGCCGGUAAACUUCGGAGCAAAAUGCACAGUGGAUCCAACGGUGGAUGUUUCUCGUUUAGCGGAUCGGACAGAAUGGAGCGUGGGGCUUUGGGAGCUGGUAGCAUCGACAUGUGCCACGACAUCUCAGACAAGGAGCUGGAGUACAUGAUGAGGGCCGUUCAGCUUGCGGGGGCCUCGGCAGGCCUUACGGCUCCCCAUCCUAAUUUUGGAUGUGUGAUUGUCCAAGGGCCGGAGAUCGUUGGGGAGGGAUAUCUUUAUGCUCAAGGAACCGUGAGCGCCGAAGUGCAAGCGGUUUCACAUGCCAAGGAAAGGAGCUAUGGGGCGACGGCGUACCUUAAUCUGGAGCCCGGCGACUGCCAUGGGGAUUUUGCAGCGGUUGUUGCGCUGAGGCAGGCACGCGUGGCACGGGUGGUUAUUGGUCUCCGGCAGCCCCUUUCACACCAGGCAGGCCGAGCCAUAUCCGCCUUGAGGGAAUGUGGUAUAACUGUCGACGUCCUUGGUGAAGACCACAAUUGGGGACCCAAUGCGGAGGAAGCAUGGCAGGCGUGCCGGGAAGUGAACAUGCCCCUUCUCUACCGGGCUGCCUAUCAGAUGCCUUUCUCUAUUCUGAAAUAUGCUAUGACUUUGGACGGAAAAAUUGCCACCACUCAGGGGCAUGCGGCAUGGAUAACGAGCACUACCUCACGGGGAAGGGUCUUUUGGUUGAGGGCCCGUUCUAAUGCAAUUAUUGUGGGAGGCAACACAGUUCGGAGAGAUAACCCAAGAUUGACAACUCGACAAGAGGGAGGGCAUGUUCCCGUUCGAAUUGUUCUGUCGAGAUCGCUUUCGUUACCACAGGAUGCAAAUCUGUGGGACGUGUCAACAGCGCCCACCAUUGUCAUGACACAGAAAGGAGUGCGAGAGGAUUUCCAGGCUUUUCUGGUGUCAAAGGGUGUAGAGGUAGUUGACUUCGACUUCUUAACUCCCAAAGCAGCUAUGGAACACUGCUACAAGCGAGGAUUUCUACAAGUCUUGUGGGAGUGUGGUGGAACGCUAUCUGCACCUGCAGUCACUAGUGGUGUUAUCCACAAGGUGUGGGCAUUUGUAGCGCCAAAGGUAAUUGGAGGUGCAGGGGCUCCUACACCUGUUGGCGAUCUCGGCUUCGUAGAAAUGACACAAGCCAUGAAUCUUCAGGACGUGAAGUUUGAGCAGACUGGUCCAGAUAUGCUUGUGUCGGGAUACCUGAAGGGCCUUCCGGAUCCACGAUCAAAGGCAAGUGUCCUGAUGGGCAGCAGCAUGGAUGUUGGAGACGGAAACGGUUCGUUCGUGGGGACUGAUCCUGAGCCAGUUGUGAUCGGGUUCUACAAGCCAUGGGAUCCUUACGGAGCACUCUCCAAUUAUUCACCACAUCCAAUUUUGAUGACUGAUGAACGUGGUCAAAAGAUUCUUUGGCGGAGUGUUGAGCACUACUAUCAGGCCGCUAAAUUCUGCCACUCAGCCGAGCCAGUGGCAGCCGCUGCAGUCCAGGCUAUCAUGUCAGCCGGAAGUCCUGAAGAAGCUAGCUGGAUUGGUCGGAGACUAGAAAGACAGCGACCUGAUCUUCUGCCGCCAAAUUGGUCGGCUGUCAAACUGGAAGUGAUGUACAGUGCUCUGCAAUGUAAGUUCACUGCCCAUGAAAUGCCACGGACAAUGCUAUUGUCCACAAUGGGUACGGUAUUGGUGGAGAUGUCUCCGCCUGACAGGUUCUGGGGUUCAGGUAGAGAUGGCCAAGGAAACAACCACCUUGGACGGUUGUUAAUGAAACUGCGGUCGGAGCUGACGCUGGAUGACACGAAUCACGCUGCUAGUCGAGACUCUGAUCAACGGCAGGCAGUUGCAUGAGUGCAGGAGGCAGGGG